AUGGAGAAUCUUGGGUUGUUCCAAAUUCUUUUGCUAUUCUGUCUCUUUGUCUCGGUCCGCAUAGUUUCUGUUUCUUGUUUAAAUUCAGAUGGGUUAACUUUACUCUCGCUUCGGAAGCAUUUGGACAAAGUACCACCAGAAUUAACUUCGACAUGGAAGACUAACGCAUCUGAAGCCACUCCAUGUAACUGGUUUGGUAUUAUCUGUGAUGAUUCUAAGAAGGUUACGUCUCUCAACUUCACCGGUUCAGGUGUUUCAGGCCAAUUGGGUCCUGAAAUAGGGCAACUCAAAAGCUUAGAGAUAUUGGAUAUGAGUUCUAACAAUUUCUCUGGGAUUAUACCUUCCAGUUUAGGGAACUGUAGCUCACUUGUGUACAUUGAUUUGUCUGAAAAUAGUUUCUCUGGUAAGGUCCCCGAUACUCUCGGUAGCUUGAAGAGCUUGGCCGAUUUGUAUCUUUACAGCAACUCUCUUACUGGGGAAUUGCCUAAAUCCUUGUUUCGCAUUCCGGUGUUGAAUUAUCUGCAUGUUGAGCAUAACAACCUAACCGGGUUAAUCCCUCAAAAUGUUGGUGAAGCUAAGGAACUUCUUCAUCUGCGUUUGUUUGACAAUCAGUUUACUGGUACAAUCCCUGAGUCUAUUGGAAACUGCAGCAAGCUGGAGAUUCUGUAUCUGCACAAGAAUAAGUUAGUUGGUUCAUUGCCUGCAAGUCUCAAUCUUUUGGAGAGUCUCACUGAUCUGUUUGUUGCAAACAACAGCCUAAGAGGAACAGUUCAGUUUGGCUCAACCAAAUGCAGGAAUCUGGUGACUUUAGAUUUGUCAUACAAUGAAUUCGAAGGUGGUGUCCCUCCUGAACUGGGAAAUUGCAGUAGCCUUGACGCUUUAGUCAUUGUGAGUGGUAACUUGUCAGGUACAAUCCCUUCCUCAUUGGGUAUGUUGAAGAAUCUCACAAUUCUUAACCUUUCCGAGAAUCGUCUUUCUGGGAGUAUCCCCGCGGAGCUCGGGAACUGCAGUAGCUUGAACUUGUUGAAGCUGAACGAUAACCAGCUUGUAGGUGGAAUACCAAGUGCAUUAGGUAAGCUGAGGAAGCUAGAAAGUCUGGAGCUUUUCGAAAACCGGUUUUCGGGCGAGAUUCCUAUCGAGAUAUGGAAGAUUCAGAGUCUUACGCAGUUGCUAGUUUAUCGGAACAAUCUCACAGGAAAAUUACCAGAGGAAAUAACCAAGCUCAAGAAUCUCAAGAUCGUUACUCUCUUCAACAAUAGCUUUUAUGGAGUGAUACCACCCAAUUUAGGUCUGAACAGCAACUUGGAGAUUAUCGAUUUCAUUGGUAACAAUUUUACAGGUGAGAUACCACGAAAUCUCUGCCAUGGAAAGAUGUUGACAGUGUUUAACUUAGGAUCUAACCGGCUUCACGGCAAAAUACCGGCAUCCGUUAGUCAGUGCAAGACUCUAAGCAGAUUCAUCCUCAGAGAAAACAACCUUUCAGGCUUUCUUCCUAAGUUUUCGAAGAAUCAAGAUCUUUCGUUUCUCGACCUCAAUAGCAACAGCUUCGAAGGACCAAUCCCUCGUAGUCUCGGAAGCUGUAGGAAUCUCACGACCAUCAAUCUGUCUCGGAACAAGCUCACGAGGAAUAUUCCUAGAGAACUUGAGAAUCUACAAAACCUUAGUCACCUGAAUCUUGGGUCUAACUUAUUAAACGGUACGGUUCCUUCAAAGUUUAGUAACUGGAAAGAGUUGACCACUUUGGUUCUCUCCGGAAACCGGUUUUCAGGAUUCGUUCCGCCCGAUCGCCACUCUUAGAGAGAAGGAAAACAACCAUGUAUUCCAGUGACAUCAUAUCAAACAUUUUUACUAUACAACAUACUCUCUUUUUUUUCUUUGCUUAAAUCGUUGUAUACCUUUUCACCAUUCUUAUUGCCGCUUAGUACAUUUUUAAUUGAUAACACAAAAGUUUCGGUUGAUAAGAUCCAAAUUCAUAAUAUACAAAAUUCUUAUUUAACAUUCAAUAAGAAAAAACAAAAUUUGCUAAUGCUACGAUGUUACCCACUCGGAAGCUUACCAUAGUCUGUUAGUCAUAGUUUGAAAGUCAAUUUGGUCAGCUGUAGCUUACGGUUAGGCUGUUCUUAUCAAAUAACAAAAAGAAUGUCAAACACGUAUUUUAUCGUAUUCAAUUUAGGGCACGUUGAUAACGUUUCCAAAACAAUUAUUCAAUAGUUGGUAAUGAAAAUUAAUGAAAGACCCAAACCUAAUGAAUGUUAACCACUAAUUGACCAUUCACCAACCAAUUAUUUAAUGAA